GCUUGACACUCCGCUUUACGUCACCAGACGGAGGAACGCACGUGUGGGUGAAAUUUGUCUCGUUGUCGGAUUAAAUUUUAUUUUCUUUUUCAGAUAAAAUUACUGUCCGUCGACGAGGAUGUUCGGAACAACACUUUGAUUUAGCCAGCGAACAUUUACCGUCGUUUAUAUCCUCUACAGCGGCUUAAAAAGCACCGCAAGUCAUGGAAUACAUGCAUGCCCCAGCCACAAGCAGUCAAGGGAAUAUCCUUUGCUGCACAUGUGGCAUCCCCAUUCCUCCAAAUCCAGCCAACAUGUGUGUCUCCUGCCUGAGGAACCAAGUGGACAUCUCUGAGGGAAUCCCAAAGCAAGUCUCUGUGCAUUUCUGCAAGCAGUGUGAACGGUACCUGCAGCCCCCAGGAACUUGGGUUCAGUGUGCUCUAGAGUCCAGAGAGCUGCUCGCUCUGUGUCUGAAGAAACUUAAGAGCUCAAUGACUAAGGUCCGGCUCAUAGAUGCAGGGUUCUUAUGGACGGAACCUCAUUCUAAAAGAAUCAAGAUGAAGCUGACUAUACAGAAAGAGGUCAUGAAUGGGGCGAUCCUACAGCAGGUCUUUGUGGUGGAGUUUGUGAUACAGCCACAGAUGUGCGAUGACUGCCAUCGAGUUGAAGCCAAAGACUACUGGAAGGCAGUUGUGCAAGUCAGACAGAAAACUGUUCACAAGAAGACGUUUUAUUACUUGGAACAGCUGAUUCUGAAGCACAAGGUGCACCAGAACACUCUUCGCAUCAAGGAGAUUCAUGAUGGUAUUGAUUUUUACUAUGGCUCCAAGCAGCAUGCCCAGAAGAUGGUGGAUUUUCUACAGUGCACCGUCCCCUGCAGAUCAAAGGCUUCCCAGCGCCUCAUCUCUCAUGAUGUACACUCAAACACCUACAACUACAAAAGCACCUUCUCGGUGGAGAUUGUACCCAUCUGUAAGGACAAUGUGGUGUGUCUGUCACCUCGUCUGGCUCAGAGUCUGGGGAACAUGGGCCAGGUGUGCGUGUGCAUCCAUGUGACCAGCACUGUCCACCUCAUCGACCCAAACACCCUGCAGCUUGCAGAAGUAGAUGCCAACACUUACUGGCGCAACCCUUUCAACAGCCUCUGUAGUCCACGACAGCUGGAGGAGUUCAUCGUCAUGGAUAUCGACAUCAUCAGGAACCAGAAAUUAGGAGCAGGAGCUGGUCUGAGGUCCAAUCGGCACACUUUGGCUGAGGUGUGGGUUCAGAAAACCUCUGAGAUGGCCACCAGUCAGCAGUAUCACUGCCGCACCUUCCUGGGCCACCUGCUCAACAUCGGAGAUCUGGUGCUGGGCUACGACUUUGCCAAUGCUAACAUCAAUGAUGAGUUCCUCAACAAGAUGAAUCCGCACCAUGUUCCUGAUGUGGUUCUGAUUAAGAAGAGCUACGACAGAGCAAAGCGGAUAAAGCGCAGGAACUGGAAGUUGAAGGAACUGGACAGAGACAGAGAGGGCAUGGACACAGAUGAUGAGAGGCAGUACCAAGACUUCUUGGAGGAUCUUGAAGAGGAUGAAGCUUUGAGAAAGAACAUCAACAUCUUCCGAGAUGCUGCCAAGAUUCCUGUGGAGAGUGACACGGAUGAAGAGGGUGCUCCACGGAUCUCUCUGGCGGAGAUGCUGGAGGAGCUGAGUCUCAGUGAUGCCACCGGAGGAGAGGGAGCAGACAUGAUGACAGAUUAGACAUCCCUAACUCAAACUGAAAGAAAAAAACAGUAACACUUACUGUAGGGUGACGUUCACAAGGCUAUGACACCUGAUUAAGCUUGUCAUGACAUUUGACUUAAACCUACGUAAACAUUUAUGCAGGCUUAGUUCAGUGGGUAGCAGCAAAUGUUAACUGAUAUUAAGUUGACAUGACAUCUGUGUCAGAUGACAUGGAUGACGUUGGGCUAUCUUGACAUAGCAUGUUAUUACAACUUACUUUGUUGCUUAUCACAGUGACAAUGCUGAUAAUGUGACAGCUUAUAGAUGGUAUAAAUGGUCAAAUAACACUCAUGUUAUCUAAGGGUUACAGAAAGCGUCACAUAUUGUGACACACACUGUGCUACAAAGUCAUACAAAGUGUCAUGACAACGUCAGAAAAAAGCAGUGUCACUUGUCAAAUGUCAUGUCAACCAAAGAAUUGGCAACUGCAACCUUUAUGACAAGUGACGCUGAUUGGAAUAAGUAUUUAUAAAUGUUUAGGUAAUUUUGUUUACAAAAGUUUGACAGGUGUCAUGAACAGCUUAUGUAGGUGCCUCAUACCUUGAGAAACCCUGCCCUACAGUGAAGUGUCACUGGAAAACAGAAAACAUGCUGCCCUCACAAGCUUUAUAUCUCAAAAUAGCCUGGCUGUUGAGUCACAGUGAGUUUGAAUGGUGAAUUCAAACCCACUGAUGGCUGAGACUUGUCAGUGCGAGUCCUAGGGGAACCCUUCACUGCAGGUUUGUUUUUUUUACCCCUUCAACACACUUAAUUCAGCUCAGGAGAAGCUUGAAAAUUUAGCUGGUGAGUUGAAUCAGAUAAACUGAUGCAGUAACAGGUUUCCCUUGGGCAUGCAAUUCGGAAGCAACUCUUCCUUCUACAGAACCGUAUGUAGGUUUUAAUACCUUUCUAUCACUUUACAAAACAUCUUAAAUAAUAUAAUACUGUUAAAAUAUAAACGGAAUGCCAGUUUAUUCUGGUGAAGGACUGAUUAUAGUGCUCAGAGUGGUGGGUGCGUAAUAAAAUCCUGACUAAUUCA